AUGACUGCAUCAAAUCCUAUCUAAUUAAUAUGUUCACACUCUAUGUGUAUGAAAUGUGGUGUCAACAUAUAAAUCUAAGAAAAUACUAGGUAUCUAUUUCAAUUCAUAAAUAGUCAAAUCUAAAAUAAAUUUAGAAUAUAAUGUCCUAAAUGUCGUAAAUUGACUCAUACUUAUGAUAUCAAAAAUUUAUUAAUAGAAAAUAAUGAAUUAUAUCUAAUUACUGAUUCAAGUGAAAUGGAAAAAGAAAUAUUAAAUGAAGUAAGUUUCAUAUUCAAUCUAGAGUCAAUUCUCAUUAUAAAAAAAUUAAUAAGAUGCUAUCUUGGGGAGAAGACAAUCUAAUGCAUAUUAAAUUUCAGAAUUAUCAUAACCAAUUAAUAAAAAUGCAUAAAAAAUAGGUGAAAUAUUAACUGUAUAAACUACACAUAACAAUCCCUAAAAUGCCUUUAAUCAUACCUAAUUUAAUAAAAAGAAACCAAAUAUAGGAACUGACAGAAUCUCUCCUACUAAAUAGUUAUCUAAACCAAUCUAAUCAAAUCAUUAAAAAAAGUAAUCUUAUUAAAUUCCUUAAUAAGAAGUUCCUAUUGAAUGUAUUUAAUUUAAUAUUUUCAAGGCAAGGCUAAAACCUAAGCAAAUACAUCAAAUAUUUAAUAAAAUAAAAUUAAUGAUUUCUUUAAACCCAAUUCAAAUACACCUGUUGCUACACCAACUACUAUUACAUAAUAAUUGCUCUUUUAAUAAACUGAUAAUAAAAAACCUAUCUAAUAAUAAGUCAUCUAAUAAUCAACUUUAUAUUAAUAACAAUAAUAACAAUAUUAAUAAUAAUUAUAAUAGUAAAGUAAAACUGAUAAAGUAUAUGAAAAUAAACAAUAUUAUCCAGAAGAAAAGAAAUUAUCAACUCCUAAAUAUAGUGAAAUGAUUAAAGAAAAAGAGAAUCAAUUUUUAAAAGAGAUCUCUAAAGAUAGUUCAAAUACAUCUAAAGAAAUAUCUGAUAAUUCUAGACAUAAAAGAAGUUCUACUGGUCUUAUUUAAGAAACAGAAGAAUAAGCAUCUGUCUAAAUAAUUUAAUCAUACUUUAAAAUGGUUUAAAAAAAUGUUUUAAAACUAGAAAAGGAUGUAGUUGCAGCUGUAAAUAAUAAAUAAGUAGAUCCUUAAAGUAUCUACUAAAAACUUAAAUUAUUAACUACAAGAAUUGGUGAUAAUGAAGGAGAACUCAUUUAAUCAGUAAAAGUCAUGCAAAAAUUACAUUAAGAAAUUAUAGGACUUUCGACUCCCUCCUAACAUAGAAAAACUAGUUCUCACUAAAAUACAAGUCAUAGAUAUACUAAUACAAGUAGUUAUGUGAAAAAUAUUGAAAAAAGUGAUUAAAGUAUUGGAGCCAUGCCUUAAGAAUUAAAAAUAUAUAAAAAGUUUUUAUGA